AUGGCGGCUCACACCUAUAACCCCAGCCCUAGUAAAGCAGCCAGAUGUUUCAAAAGACUUCUGGGAUUCUCAGUGCACUCGAAGAUCUGCCAGCAAUGGGGCAAGGGGCUUUCUGAGGCUCAGCAGAGAGAGGCCCAGGACUUGUUCCUGGAGUUUGGUUGCAGCGUGUUCCUCAGCAACCAGAUGCCCUAUAAUGGCAGCAUCCCUGACACCCACAAUGCCAGGUGCACUGGGCCUCAGUGUAGUUUGGUGAUGAACUUUGGAAGCCACGCAAAGGAAAGGGUAGACAGGGGGUUGAGCUACAUAAGUUCAUGUAUUGCUUGCACUGAGGAAGUUCUAUCCUGGAAUGCUAACAUCAGGGAAGCCCAGCAGCUCUGCUCCCUACCCGCUAUGUUCCUGUCCUUUGUGUCUGCUUACAGAAUCCCAUGUCAUGCUGCUCUCUGUAACCUUGGCCCCUGGGAAGCCCCGCCCAUCAUUGAGAGGCGCCAUCACCAGCAUCAUCAACCGACCCCACCCCAGCUGCUGAAGAUCAUCCUGGUGGAUGACAUCAGCUCCCAUGGGGAGGAUCCUGAGGGAAGGAGGAGAAGUUUCCAGUACCCAAAAAAGAAGCUCUCAGAAAUCUAUGAUGGUGACCCCAGAAUGUCUUGGGGGAAGGCACUGGCAUAUGCUAUCUGUACCCUCAGUCAACGUUCUGGAGCUGCUUGCCGCACAGUGGCAUCACCCACAGGCCAGUGCAGGACUGUAUACAAUUUCUGCAUCGCAUCCAUUUUUUUGCAUGCAGGGCUCUGCUGGGGUGGUGUCUGGUUGGGAGGAGAACUGAAGGAUGAGAAGUUUCAGGUUUACAACCAGAACUAUCCAAUCCUAUUGAGAUGUCUUAUAAGGCACACAAAGAGAAGAGGUCUUGCACACGACCCAAACACUGGCCUGGAAGCUGCUACAGCUGACGUGGUGGCCAUCUUGGAUGCUCCAGUUGAUGUGAACAUUGGGUGCUUAAGUAAGAAUGGCCUUCACAUGACAGUGAGGUUGAUAAGAGCGUCUCUCUCUGCUCCCGCCCACUGCGGUGCCACUGUUGGGCUUACUGUAUUGUCUUCUUUUAGGGCUCCUGUGUCUGAUGAUAUUAAUUUUGAUACAUUUGAACUGAAAAAGGAUGCGCUGGCAGCAGAUGGGUUUGUGUGGAAGCUGUGGUACCACUAUGAUCCUAGCCCUCGAGCCUGGAUUGAUCUGGGUGAUGCCUCUGUUCCGAUCAGGAGUCCUUCCUUUGUAGGCAUCGUGGCCACCAACAGGAUCUUCUUGGAAGAGAUCGGGGCUCUGGAUGGUGGGAUGCUGCUCUGUGGAGGUCAGAAUGUGGGACUUGGCCUGAGGGGUGAGUACUUUCCAUCCUCUUUGUGGGUCAAAGCAGAGGGAGACGUAACGAAAGCCCUAAGAAUUUGGGAAUCCUACAUUAUAUUCUCGGGCCUCGUGUUACUUUUGGCCUUGAAAUAUACUCUCACUGUGGAGACAUUUGCUUCCAGAAAGGAACUCUGGGAGAAACUGAAAUGCAAAACUUUUGACUGGUACCUGAAGAUUGUUAUGAAAAACUCACUGGAUGGAAGUGUUUGCCUGGACGGAGGACCUGCGCCAGGCAAUUCUCCCAGAAUGGAACCUUGCCACGACUUCACUGUACAGGUAUCUCCCUCCCACCAGCAUCCUUCUCCAAAGGUAGUGGGUCUUCACUGACCCAGGGCUACAGGUUAGAGUUUACUUACUGUUAGAGGAUGGCGAAGGCCGGAAGCGAGCAUUCAAGCAUUCGGGGUGAUGUGUAAGCAUGUAUUUAAAGAGUGCAGUCGUGACAGGGAGGCCGCAGGGGAGGGAGACCAGGCAGGCAAGCUCUGUUUUAUGAUAUUCAUUCUCCCGGUGACAAUUUUAUUGGCUGUCACCCUCCACCCCCCAACCACUUCUUUUCCUCUAAUCUCAUGGCUAUGUCAUUCAUUCUGCUGAUGUGUGCCUUGGAAGCUGGCCAUGCAAGACCAUCUAUGCUCUGGCAAAGAGAGGGAGAAGGAAUGUCCCUGCAUGGGUUGGAAGAGAUACGACACCACACAGAGCUUGUUCUUAUAGGAUUCUGUCUUGAGAAUACAGACAUAUUUUAUAUUACCUUGCGUUAAAAAAUUUAUUCUUCUUUCCUACAUCCCUACUGCAGUUCCCUUCCCUCCACUCCUCCCAGCUCCCCCUGCACCUUUCCCUCAGAUCCACUGCUCCUUUGUUUCCCUUCCUAAAACAGUAGGCCUCCCAGGGCUAUCCACCAAACAUGGCCUAACAAGAUACAAUGAGACCAGGCAUCAAACCUCAUAUCAAGGCUGGACGAGGCAACCCAGUAGGAGGAAAGGGUCCCAAGAGCAGGCCAGAGUACUCACUUUGCUUUUUAAAAAAUGUGUUUAAAGAUCUAUUUAUUCCAUGUGUAUGAGUGUCUUGGCUACAUACAUGUAGGGGCACUGCAUGAGUGUCUGGUGCUCACAGAGGUCAGAAGAGGGCAUAGGGUCCUCCUGCAACUAUAGUUACAGAUGGUUGUGAGCCGCCAUGUGGAUUCUGGAAGUGGAAGCCAGGUCCUCUGCAAGAGCAGCCAGUGCUCCUAACUGCCGAGCCAUCUCUCCAGCUUUGCCACCCAAACUCUCCUACCCACCUCCUUCCAAGUGUUGAGCCUACAAGUGAAUACCAACUCUCUUGGUUAUGAAAUACCAGCUUCCUGCAUUCUAGGCAAGGACUUCCUCCGUGAGUAACAUUGCUGGCUAUCUUUUUACUUUACAUGUUGCUCUUGCAGAGACGUUUAGGGGGUACCUGCUCUACCCUAGCCACAGAACAGUUGGGAACCUGAGUCACAAAGACUCAUCCAAAUGAAGGCUAUGUCAGGCCGGGGAUUCGAAGGAAGCCUGCUUCCCUGUGAUCAGCAUCACUUGGGCUUCUGUUGGUGGUCUCUUAGCUUCCGUUGAGAGAAUUCUUCAAAGAUGAGUUACAGCUCUCAUCCAUGCAAGCUCGGAUUCUUUGAGGCAGCGUUAAUCAGCUAUUCACUGCUGUCGCAGAACACCCGUGACCAACAACUUAGGCUCAAAAGCUUUAUUUUGGCUCGAGGCUUCAGUCCAUGGAUGCGUGUUUCCAUUGUUCCGGUCUCUGUGAGUUUUCUCUAGUUCCGGCUGCUCCAGGGGCUUAUGUCUUAGGCUUCCCCGGUGGGACCACGCUGUCCCCUGGGGGAGAUGCCAAAUUGCCUGUGAUCCUGUCUCCGAACACCUACCCACUGUAUUAGCCUCAGGGGCCGUAUUUCAAGAAACAUAGACAAUUAACUUUUUAUAAAAAAAAAUUUAGAUAUUCUCAUUCUGUAGUUCAGCUUGGCCCAGAACUCAAGAUCCUUCUGCCUCAGCGUCCAGAGAGUUGGAAUGUGCACCAACCUCCCCUCUCAGCUAGCAAAUACAUUUUACACUUGAUCUCAGCCAAAGGGUCAAGAAGCCAUAGCAAAUGACUUUUAAAAACUAUUUAUUUAAAUUUAUUUUAUUUUAAUUUAUCAACAAAUGUCAGAUCAUCUUGAGUUGAGGGUACUAGUGGUUGUGAACUACCCAACAGAGGUUCUGGGGACCAAACUUGAUCUCUGCAAAAACCAGCCAGGGCUCUUACACCCUGAGCCAUCCCUCCAGCUCCUCAACUGACAGCUUAAAGCCAAAGGUUUAAAAAAUUUUUUUUUGUUGCUUUGUUUUAUUUUUAAGAAUUUUCUGCUAGCUAUGGAGAACGCUUCAGGGAAAAUAUGUGCAAAACAGGUUCAGAGGUUUUCCAGUCUCCCUGGUCUAGAUAAUAUUGAUUAUGAGGAGGAGGGAAAGGAAGGGAAGGAAGAGGCUUGGAAACAAAAAGCAUGGGUGUGGCAGAGGAACACAGCUUUGUUAACACUCAGAGAGUGGUCAAUCUCCCUUAUGCCCUGUGCAGGCAUUGUCCUUCCCACUCCCUCCUCCCCAGGAUCAGACAGUGUUUCCUGGAGGGAGCCUUCUGUGACCCACGGGAGUAGGCGGUCCUUCUGAACACUCUUAGGGCUCCCUUAGUCCUUGUUCCACUCUCUCCUAGAACAACAGUCACUUGAGCUUUGCCUUUUGAAGAUAUAAUCUCGCUUCGUGACACUCCUUAGCCUUCAUUCCUCACCCGCCUCUUUCUACCACAGAGCUGCAGCCGGUAAGACCAGGGCUGAAGGACCCUAGUUCUUGCUGAAGCGUAAGGGCUAUCAAGAGGCUUGGCCUGGUAGAAAGUAGGUAGGUUAUGGGGUUCAUGUGAAGGACCCUAGGGGCUUUCGACAGCCUUACACCCACUGCCUCAGGUCAAGAUUAGGCCAGAUAUCAGCUUCCUGACUCUGAUCAAGGCUGGGCCAAGUUCCAUUCUCUACCCACAGUUCUCGGGAGGAGCAGGAACAUUCUUGAAAAACCGCAGACUGUACUGACUUAUAGUCACCUGACCCUCUGGUCCCAGAUAGAGUUCGAAUGCAUGCCAUAUGCUUGCUAGCCAAUAGAUUCAAAGGUCAAUAUGCUUAGCCAAUAAGUUUAAACUCUAACCUUGCUGAUGUAACUUGUACCCCUAAAAAGUAUAAAAACUGCUUGGUAUAGCCAUUCAGGGUCGCCUUCUAGUCAUUUGCCAUGAGGGGCUGAUUGAAGGUCGACCACGACGCGCUGGAAAAAUAAACCUCUUGCGUUUGCAUUGAACUCUGUUCUCGCGUCUCACUUUGGGGGGGGGGGUCUCCUGGUAGUUAAGACUCACUUUGGGCCUUACAGGGCCUGGUUGGGUUUUGUCUGUUAUCAUAGUCUGACAACAUCUGGAACAUGGCAGGCUUUUGACAAGUGGAUGACAGAUUGGCCCACUUAGGAUAUCAGCUUGGAGAGGUGAACUAGGAGAGAGGGCUAUGCUGUCUUCCUUACUCAGAAAAGUCUUAGCAACCCUCCAUCACUACAUCAAGUACUGGCAUGAUUCAUGAAAGGGGAAUGUGUAUUUUGGUUCAGACUAGUUCCUGAUCAACUGUCAUCAUGAUAGGAACACAUGGCAAAUCAGAACAUACUCAAGGUGCAGAAGAGAAAGAGAAGGGGCCUAGGGUUGAGGUCACAUCCCAGUAACUGGAAGACCCCUAACUAGUUCCACCAUCUCCCCAAAGUGCCACACUGAGAAACAAGACUUUAACACAAAAACCCAUGGGGGAUAUUCCAGACCCUAGUGAUAUCGAGGAGUUUCUGGGGGAAGUGGUUCUAAGAUCAGGGGUGAAACACAGGAGCAGGGAAAGACUUCCUCAAAGCCCAGUGGUUUUAGCUGCCCUGUAAGACCAAGCCACCUUGUAUCACCUUGACCUCUCUAGUUAAUGGUAGUUACCAGGACCAGCAUCUGGCAGGACUGGUACACCAAUGGGCUUUUAAAAUCCUAGUAGACUUGUUACUUCAUGUAUAAACAUAACAAUGCUGAAACAUUGAUUUUAUCAGGUCUUUUCAUGGUUUAAUAAAUUGAAUUUCCUUACCCACUAAAGACUACAUUCAUAAAUCACUCCCAGUGUUUAACGUGAAAUUUAAUGAUCCCUAAUCUCCUAAGUGUUUACCAAAUACAAUCUCAACAUGAAGUCACAAAUGUAAUUAUCCAAGGUCACAUCUUAAAAUUGGCACUACAAGGUUAACUAGUAAAAUGCUGACUUUUCUUUCUUUCUUUUUUAAAAAUUUAUUUUAUUUAUAUGAGUACACUGUGGCUGUCUUCAGACACACAGAAGAGGGCAUCGGAUCCCAUUUCAGAUGGUUAUGAGCCACCAUGUGGUUGCUGGAAAUUGAACUCAGGACCUCUGGAAGAGCAGACAGUGCUCUUAGCCGCUGAGCCAUCUCUCCAACCCCGAUGCUGACUUUUCUUAAACAGGACACAUUCCUCCUGGUUGCAAAUAGAUAUGGAAUCUUUGGGGACAUUGUUUGUUUCCCUUAAUGCCAUACUUUAUAGUAAAGCUCCUGUAAUUAAAGAUACUGUUUACCCUAAAGAGAUAAUUAUUCAAGCAUUUGGAAAUCAAUCCUCCCAAGGGAAUUUUUGAAAAUGGCCGUGUUAGUAACUUUUGUGUUGUGACAAAAUAUCUGACAGAUGCGACUUAAAGGAGGAAGGGUAUAUUUUGGCUCAUGGUUUGAGGGGAUACAGUCCACCAUGGUGAGGCAGACAUGGUAAUGGCAGGAAGCUUCUGCUUUCUUUCCCUUUUCCUACUUAUUCAAGCUCAGAUCUUGCCUCAUAGGAUAUUGGCACCUAAAUUUAGGAUGAGUCUUCCUUCCUCAGUUAACUUCCCUGAAAAUACUCAAGGGUGUAUCCCCUAGGUGAUUCUAAACACAGUCCGGUGGAUGGAGAGAUAAGCCAUCUCUGUGGCCUAUUCAGCUACUGAGGUUGAUGAAAGAAGAGAUGCUUUCUCUGAGUAGGUGACCUGGCCUACAGGUCAACAGGACAGUCUGUCUGCCAUUCGGAGGCUGAAGGCCUGUUUGUUUUUUCUUUUCCUGGACCUGGGGACCGAACCCAGGGCCUUACGCUUGCUAGGCAAGUGCUCUACCACUGAGCUAAAUCCCCAACCCCUGAAGGCCUGUUUUUAUACCUCUGGGACAAGAAUCUACAAGUGAAAGAGAAGGUAAUUGAUUGGGUGGCUCUUGGUAUAUUGCUUAAUGCUAAACUAAUUUGAGUCAGUUCUUUCUCUCCAGUCCUUUCCUAUCUACAUUAGGUCCUAGAAGCAGAAACAUUCAGAUAUGAAAAUGGUCUUUGGUUGGAUGCUCAGUCCCUACUAUACUCUAUUUACUUUUUUAGGCCCAAACUUACAAAUCGUUCCACUAAAAAGUUUCCAAAGAACUGAGAGGCAGAUGUGGUUACAUAUUCCCCUGUUUAUUUCUACUCUCAUGAUUCUGAGUCUUGAGGAGGCUGUGACCUCUGAGGAACCCAAGGGAGCCAGUGUCAGUGGUUGAGAAUGGACCCUUUUCAGGAGAGGGCAGGGCUCCGGAUACGUGGACAUUCAUGAGAGGAGUCUGGCAUCUCGAGUAAAGCUGAGGAUGCUGGGUAAGGUGACAGUGAUAGCAGGGAACCAGAGAGGGCUUCUGGAGGUGGCAGAAGGAGCACCAAUGGAUGCGGAGUGCCAGUGCUGGGGCAGCACCCAAGGGACAUGGGGAGUGCAGAGGAGAGAACGCCUGUGGAAGCAUGAGGAGAGCAGGGAGGGAAAGCACAAGGGAUGAUGAAAGCAAGGAGCACCGGCUGAGGAGAGUGUAGAGGAGGAAAGCCCCCAUGGGGGUCAUGAGGAAUGCAGAGGAAAUGUGCAUUAGGAAAAAGUAACUCUCCAAUGGUCCAGAUGUCCCACCCUUGUGAGUUGACUGUAAUAUGGCUAUUAAAGUGAUAAUUUGGGGAGUGGAGAAACAUAGUUUUAGACAAUGAAGAUGGACAAAACACAAUUCACAGUUAAUUGCAAAAAGCAAGACAGGUAUAAGAAGUUCACAUCCAUAAUCCCCGCCUUCCAGGUGUUGAAGCAGAAGGAUCAGGAGUUCAAGGCCAUCCUUAACUAUAAGGUGAGUUUAAAAAUCUAAAUAAUGAAAUGAGCUAUAAGAAAAUAUAAAGGAGGACAUAAAAACAAUAUUAUGGUGCUUUCCAAUCAUGAGUCCUUCCAAUUAAAAUAAUGUUUCCAUAGGUUAAAAAACUAGCAUACAUUCCUGUCUUAAAGGUGAAAGAAACAUAAAGAACUUUUAAACACUGGUAGACAGCGGCCAGAAAUAACACACACACAUGCACACACACACACACACACACACACACUCUCUCUCUCUCUCUCUCUCUCUCUCUCUCUCUCUCUCUCUCUCUCAGAAAAAGGGAGAGGGAGAGAGAGAGAGAGAUGAGUUCCAGAUAAAUAUGUUGAGGAAUCCACCUGAGGUAAGGAUCACUGUCACAAUUUGUCAUAUGGAAGCUGAGAGAAUAUUGAAAAUAAGUCAUUUGAGUUUGUCGAAAAGGUCAUUGUAAGUUAUGACAGCCAAGAGUUGUUGAGUGUCUGCCACAUGGCUAGAAUCAGACUGCACACGAUCUAGAAGACUUUACUGUCAAUUACUCCCCCUAGGAAGCACAAAGAAAUCAAAUAGUUUUCCCAAGAUCCACAGCACAGUAACUGUCUGGAAUCAGGGCCCAGAAUCUUAACUUCUGUGUGGUAUUACCCUAUUGUCUGAGAAUUAGAAUCAUACACGUGCUAGGGGCCGGAUACUGAGGGAGGGGAGACACUGAAUGUUGGCAAGAAGGGGUACUGGACUUAAGCUUUGGGUUAGGGAUUUUUUUACCUUCUAAUGUUGUGAUAUUUGUUUGGAUAUUGGGGCAGUUUAAAUAAAAAUGUCCCCCAUAGGCCCACAGGGAGUGGCACUAUUAGAAGGCGUGGUCUUGGUGAAGAAGUGUACCUUAGUCUCUUCCUGCUGCCUGCUGAUUGGAUGUGGAGCUCUCAGCUCCUUCUCCAGCACCAUGUCUGCUUGCAGAUUGCCAUGCUUCCUGCCAUGAUGAUAAUGGACUAAGCCUUUGAAACUGUAAGCCAGGCUCAAUUAAAUGUUUUCCUUUAUAGGAGUUGCCAUUGUCACGGUGUCUCUUCACAGCAGUAAAACCCUAAGGCAGCUAUAUUUAAAAGUUGUAGAAGUGUGUGUGUGUGUGUGUGUGUGUGUGUGUGUGUGUGUGUGUGUGAGAGAGAGAGAGAGAGAGAGAGAGAGAGAGAGAGAGAGAGAGUGUGUCAGGGAGACAGAGAGACAGAGACUGAGAGAGAGAGACAGAAAGACAAAGAGAGACUGAAAGAAACAGAGAUAGACAGAGACACAGAGAGACACAGGAAAAGACAGAAAGACAGAGACACAGAGAGACAGAGAAUACAAAGGAACACAAAGUGUUGGGCAGAUGAAGGAACAUCUUUAGUACCAGUUGUGGCUGGACAGAGCACAGAGGGACUGCUGAUGGGUGAACGAGAGAUAGAGCAACUCCCUUGAGGGUGUCCUCGGGGCAGCAUCUGGAGGAAGCUGUUCUGUGAAGACACCGAUGAACCAGAAGGAUGACCCCAACAGUCAAGUGCCUAGGAAUGGAAAUGAAAUUGGGACGGAGUAUUCUGCAGGUGCAGUGGGGUAACCCUGAGGGGCAGGCUUCCUGGCUGCUGUAGAUGGAUCUUGCUAAGGUCUGUGGGAGAAGGGAGCUUGGGGCAGCAGAGAUGGCAUUCUAGAACCCAGAGGGUAGUUCCACAUGACCUACACUGGAUGGAUUCUUUAGGAGGGUAGCAGCAGCAUGGGGGAGUGGUGAGUGGCCAGGGUUGCUGGCCAGACCACAACCUCACAGUGGUGCUGUGAGGGAGCGUUGGUAUCAAUGAGGAGAGAGAAAAACCACCUGACCCAGGCACUCGCUAAAUGCUGGCAGAGACUGGGUGCUGGGUGUCAGAGAGAAGAGGUAAGAGGGUAAACAGCAAAGGUAGGGUCCAGAGAGCAGAUAGUGU